AUGCCUGCCGUCGGCAUGGGCAAGCCUGGCGUGGCCUCUGUUGACGCCUUUGGGAAGCUUCUUUCGAGUUUGCUGGACGAAGCCUCUGCAGCCAAGCAGUCAUCCAGCAUCGAGCCCGCAUUAGCCAAGUCCGACUUUGCAGACCUGACCUCGCGGGUGGAUGCGGCGCUACCGCAGCAAGACGAAGAUGCCGCCAACGGCGACGCAGCGGCGGCAGACCUGAAAGGCCGACGAUUUGCGAUUGUCGAGGGCGCAUCGAGAGAUCUAUUUGGGGCAUUAAUAGCGUCAAUUCCAAUCGAUUCUCCCGACUUCGUGCGAAUGUGGAAUUUCCUCGAUAUCCUCUCCAUACUCUCCGAUGGCGGCCAAUGCGAUCCGGCGCUUGUCUUCUGGCUGGUAGAAGAGCUGCUCGACAGCCAAACAAUAGCGGGAUGCCGCCACAUCUUUGACUUUCUCGAAUCCCGACGAGAGCGCAUGACAGCCCAGAACUUUUCGCAAAAGAAGUUGGUAAUACUCCGCAGCUGCAAUGAGCUGCUACGUCGAUUAUCCAGAGCUGAGGAUACCGCGUUCUGCGGUCGCGUUUUCAUCUUCAUGUUCCAGUGCUUUCCUCUCGGUGACAGAAGUUCGGUCAACUUGCGUGGAGAGUACCACGUCGAAAACGUCACCACAUACGAAACACGUACAAACGGUGAUGCUACAAAGAUGGAUGUCGAUGUCGAGGCAACGGCUGUUGAGAGCAAGGGCGAAAAGAAGUCAGACGGAAAGAUUAGCAAGCCCAAGGAGGGGGAGAGCCGUCUCAGCUCUGAGGAAUUAUAUCCUCUGCUCUGGUCGCUACAGGAGAGUUUCAGCCAGCCCACAACACUUUUCAACCCCUCCAAGUUUUCUCAUUUCAAACACAGUCUGGAAGAGACGUUGAGAGCUUUUGAAUCGCUGCACGCCGACGAUCAAAGGUCGCUGAAGCGCAAACGCAAUGAUGAAGGCACAACAACGAUAGCAGAGGCAUUCAAUCCCAAAUACCUGACUAGUCAGGAUUUGUUCGAGCUUGAGAUGAGCGACUUGUCUUUCCGACGCCAUGUACUCGUCCAGGCUCUCAUUAUAACCGAGUUUCUGCUGUCUCUGUCUGCAGAAGCAAAGCAGAGACUCUCCACACUCCCAGCUGCAAACAAGGCUGUUGUAUACAACGAACAACUAAGCGAAGAAAAUGCAGAAUGGGCCACGAAAAUCAAGAGCCGGAUAUCAGACUAUCUGAGGCAAGGAUCCGACGGUCCCUACUUUCACCGCAUGGUCGAGACGGUGCUCGCGCGCGACAAGAACUGGGUCUUUUGGAAGAUGGCUAGUUGUCCUCCCAUAGAGCGGGAGCCCGUGACAGCCGCCGACUUUGUCGAAGCCAGGUCGUCGGCGGAGCGCAUGGCAACCAGCAAGCGCCUGCGCCCGACGCCCAUGGGCGCCGUCUCCAUGGAGUUUCUCAACAAGGCCUCGUCCAAGACCAUGGACGAGCUCCAGCCGCCCGAGCGGUACCAGCUGCCCGCGCUCGACAGCUUCCAGCGGCCGCUCGCCGACGACGACUUUGAGAUUGACAUGCCGACCAACGACGAGACCAAGGCAGCCGCCAUCUACGGCAAAUCGAGCAAGAGCUGGCGCGCCCUGCGCAUCGCGGGCCGCACGCGCCUCGCGGCCUUUGACAAGAUUGACGACCCCAAAAAGAUUGCCGUCGUCUUUGAGGAGCCCACCGAAGCCGACGACGACGAGGAAAACGGCUACAACGAAGCCGCCGCUGCCGACGAAGAAAUGCCGGCCAACCGCGCCCCCGUCAUCCUCGCGGGCUCCUCGGUAGAGACCCUCGCCGCCGUCGAAGCCAAGCUGAUAGAAAAGCACAAGGGCGUGUUUGCGCCCGUCGUACGGCACACGACCCGUACGGCAGGCGACGGCGAGACCAACGGCAAGACGUUUCACUUUGUCAGCGCGCAAGAGUUCAACCAGCUGCGCGACGGCGACCGGCUCGUCGAGCACGGCGAGCGCGAUGGCAGCGACUACGGCACGAGCACCAAGGCGAUUGACGCCGUGACCGAAGCCGGCAAGGUUCCCGUCAUCCAACUCGACAUUGAGGCUGCGCAGUUUGCCAAAGACAUGGACUUUGAGGCGCGCUACAUCCUCGUCAACACGCCCGAGUCCGAAGCCGACGAGGCCGCCGAGGCAGCAUACGACGCCGUCAUCACCACAGACAGCGACGAUGUCGACAAGGCAGUCGGCGAGCUAGGCACCAUUCUCUACGGCGGCGCCGAUGGUGACGACACCAUGGAAGAGGCCAAGCCUGAGGCCGACGAUGGGGAAGAGAGUAGUAGCUCAGAAGACGACGAUGACGACAGUAGUGACGAAGAGGAGGAGGAGGAGGAAAAGCAGGAGACGGCUAAUGGCGACGCCGACAUGGCGGAUGCAGACGAAAAGCCAGAAGAAUCGGCCUAG